UUCACGAUGACGCAACCAGGACGGCGGAAAAUGCAAUGAGAUCUGCCGCUGCUCCGCGCGCAGAGCGCUGCGAGCGUUGAGACCGCUGAUGUUUUUAUUUUUUUGUUGUUUUUUUUUGUUUUGUUUUUUUGAACCGGCACAAACCUUUCUGCUCUGUCAUGCUUUCACCGCGCUCUCUCUGCGACCGUAGUCCUGCACGCGGGGUCCUCUUAGGACUCCUCAGGUGAAUUUGGUUCUUCUUUUGCAGGGGAAAGUGGGAUGAGUGGGGGGAACGACUGUCGGGGGAUCCAGCGGACACGGCGCUGCUGACGGCGGGGUUUCCACAGACGCGCGUGAAAUUCAGGGGAGCAAAAAAAAAAAUUCAACAACAACAACAACAAACCAAGCAUCAUGAUGUCUGCCAUAGACUCAGGUACCUCGGUGUACCAACCGGCACAGCUGCUGAACUGGGUCUACAUGUCUCUGCAAGACACCCAAGCCAAUGCCUUCGACGUGUUCAGACCCGAAUCGGACAAGUCCUCAUCGGACCCGGAUACCAGCUGCAGCGCAGCGGAUCUGAGCUCCUCUUUAAGCUCCAACUAUCUCAACAACUUCUUGCAGCUGAGGAGCGAGGCCUUGAACAACAAUUUCUCCAAGAGCUCCUCGCAGUACGGGUCCCUCAACAACAUCGUGGAGGGCCUCAGCUCUCUGACGGACCAUUUCUCAGAUCUCUCCCUGUCCUGCGAGACGCGCAAGCCCAGCAAGAGGCCUCCGCCGAACUACCUUUGCCACCUCUGCUUCAACAAAGGACAUUACAUCAAAGACUGCCCUCAGGCUCGCCCUAAAGGUGAAGGCCUGACCCCGUAUCAGGGAAAGAAGAGGUGUUUUGGAGAAUACAAGUGUCCCAAAUGCAAGAGGAAGUGGAUGAGUGGGAACUCCUGGGCCAACAUGGGACAAGAAUGUAUUAAGUGCCACAUCAACGUUUACCCUCACAAACAGCGCCCACUAGAGAAACCUGACGGGCUGGAUGUGUCCGACCAGAGCAAGGAGCAUCCCCAGCACCUGUGUGAAAAAUGCAAAGUCCUCGGCUACUACUGUCGCCGCGUGCAGUAAACUCCACCGCUCGCCUUAAAACUCAGAUAACUCCUCCAAAGCUUAUCGCCGAGCGGUGACGACACUUCGGUUACUAAAACGUCCCGACGGUAAACUUCACUGUACUGUAAUACAUCAAACUAACUGUUUAUUCCCAUAAUGUGUACUUUUAUGACUUUCAGUAUUUUCACAUCUUCCACACAGUGGAUAUUUUGGGGAGGUGGGGUUCGUGAAGUAUUCCUCAGUUUGUUUGCUGGCUUCUUUUUCGCUUUUGCAGUCGGACCCCUCAUCAAUUUAUGUGAACAUGUCUCUUCCAUCAACUGUGAACCGAGAAAUUUGCGGAUUGUCACUUUCUUUUCUCACGUCGGACAUGUUUCUGCCUGUUCUCUGUCUGUACUGAGCUACGUUUUGAGACAGGGAUCGUCUCCCUACAUUUGGAUGUAUAUGACAGAAAUAAUAACUUUAUUAGAAAAUGUACGUUCUGCAACAUACUAUGUAUAAAAUACGCAACAAAUCUUUACUAAGAAGGAUAUAUUAAUGUGUAUCUAUCACUAUCAGUUUUAUAGAAAGGGUACAUAUUUUUACUUUUUUUUUUUAAAGCUGUUACUGUUUUGGUAAUGACACUUUGUGAAGGAGUAUUAUAUAUUAGCCAGCAAUUGGUUAUUCGUUGCAUACUAUGUGCCAUUUUUUUAUUUGCGAUAAUAUCUUUCAGGUAGUUUUAUUAGCUAUUUUUUAAGAGACUGUGUUCAUAAAGCUAAUAUGAAGUGCCAUUUUAGUGGUUGACCCAUCGGUGGUCAUUUAAAGUUCAAGUAUCUCAUCGUUUCUGCACUGUGUAGUAGGAAAAACUCACCAAAGUGCUUUUUGAAGAACUUGGUCUUUGCUGUGGUGUCUAUCCAGGAAACUCUGACCAACAAAAAAAGAAAAGGAAAAACUCGGAUAUACUGGGAGCGUGCUAUGUGGAAAGGCCUCAGUAAGGGAAAGGCUGAAUGAAUGUGCAUGCUCUUUGUUUGAAACGGAUGCCGAAGGCUACAAUGCUACAGAUUGUAUUUGUUGCAUUUGCUGACAUUUAUGGUGAUACUGGCAAUUGUAUUGUAAUGACUGCUCCAAAUCUCAGACAUCCAUUUGAAAUUAAACUAAGCACUGCCAAGAAAAUAAAAAAUACCCAUGGUUGCUGUUGAUGUUGUGCUAUCUGUUGGCAAAAGUCUUUUGUGAUCUUGUUCCAUCAAAUCUGCUUGUUGGCCAACACGACUUGGCUUUCUUGAUGAUCUCACCCCUACUUGCCUUAUUCAACAUUUGGCUGCUACGGUGGACAUGAAACGUUAUUCAUCGAAAUCAUUUUUCCCAGCAAAGUCCAACCUGACAGCAACCAUUAAAAUGGGCAACUACUAAAGCGUUCAUGAUUUGGAUACGUGUGUGUACUGGCGAUGGUCUUGAAUACACAAGAAAUGUAAAGUAUGAGAAUGGACAUUUGGUUGCAUGCAAAUCUUCAGGAAUGUAGCUUCAAAGAUUCAAGAGCCCUCUGUCCAGGAAAGUGAAAUUAUGAAUUAAAGGGAAAUUUAAACAGAA